AUGUCUUCCUCCCACCCCAACCCCAUCGAAAACCAAUCAACCUUCUGCCUUUGGUUUCACCCACUGCUACACGACUUGUAUGCAGACACGACACACAUCAAUGACAAAGAUGUCAAGAUCUGGAGACUGGAUCUCCUGAGCAACAGUGAUGGGGAUGAGACAAAGAGAAGCAACAACGACGAAGAUACUGCUGCUACAGAGGACAGAAUGGAUGGAUUUUUGAAUGCCAUCGAGAAGGAGUGUGAAAAGUUGUUUGGCCACACAACCACUCGCAUCUUCUACACAAACCCCAACGACGCCGCCAACGACACAACCACCCCUCCAGCAGCAGGCACCCACAUCCUCAGCAAUCCCACCGACAAGAUGAAGAGCCUGCCUUUCGGUUAUGCAUUGAUGCACAGAAGUCGCGGUAACGACACCAACCGCAAGGGAGAUUUGUAUCUCUGGGGUCAUCCGUCGGGCUUGGGAUUCAACUCGGCGGCAAAGUUUGUCAAGCAUCUCAAGUGGCUGAUCGAGGGUCAAGUGGGAGAGGUCGAGGGGGAGAGGGAGAACUUUGCGUAG